AUGGUUGGUGAGACCCUUGCUGAGGGGUUGAUUGGAUAUAUCACUAUUGAAGUUAACAAGAGUGCUUCGGCUAUUGCUGCUACCGAGGAGGAUGUUAAUGUGCAGGGAUAUUUGCCUACUGUUUCGUUGAUUUCUAGUGCUCGAGCUGCUGCCAACACUCUUGAUAUUGCUGAGUGUCACCGUACUAAUGGUAUGAGGUUGUAA